AUGGACGUUGAUCAGGCGCUUGAUGAAGAGAUUCUGAACAUGUCUACUGACGACAUUAAACUAAGAUGCAGACUGUUGGACAAUGAAUGCAGCUAUAUGAAAUCAGAGCACCAACGAAUCACACACGAAAUCGAAAGCAUGAACGCCUCGAUCAAAGAUAACACAGACAAGGUCAAGCAAAACAAGGUGCGCCCAUGGCUCGUCGCCAACAUUGUCGAAAUCCUUGACUUGCAAACUGAAGAAGACAAGGAAGAGGAUGGCGCAUCGAUGUCCGUCGAUGCUCAGCGAGAGGGGCAGACCGCCGUCGUCAAGACGUCUACCAGACAGACUAUCUUCUUGCCCAUGGUCGGCCUCGUGCCCACCAGCGAGCUCAAGCCCGGCGAUCUUGUCGGAGUCAACAAGGACUCAUACUUGGUUCUCGACAAGCUCCCUACUGAAUAUGAUUCCAGAGUCAAAGCUUUUGAAGUUGAUGAGCGACCAACUGAACAAUACACAGAUAUCGGUGGCCUUGACAAGCAGAUUCAAGAGCUCGUUGAAGCGAUUGUUCUUCCAAUGACAGAAAAAGAUAGAUUCAUUGCGAUGGGUAUUUCCCCACCAAAAGGCUGCCUUAUGUAUGGCCCUCCUGGAACCGGUAAAACUCUUCUCGCCCGAGCUUGCGCUGCUCAAACUAAAGCCACUUUCUUGAAGCUCGGAGCUACCUCGCUCGUUCAAAUGUUCAUCGGUGACGGUGCUCGAAUGGUCCGUGAUGCAUUCGCGCUUGCCAAGGAGAAGGCGCCUUCCAUCAUCUUUAUUGAUGAGUUGGAUGCUAUCGGUACAAAACGAUUUGAUUCAGAAAAAGCUGGUGAUCGAGAAGUCCAGCGAACUAUGUUGGAGCUUUUGAACCAGUUGGACGGAUUCCAGCCAAACGACAACGUAAAAAUUAUUGCUGCUACUAAUCGAAUCGAUAUCCUUGAUCCUGCGCUCCUGCGAUCUGGACGUCUUGAUAGAAAGAUUGAGUUCCCGAAGCCCGAUCAAGAAGCGAGAGCUAGAAUUAUGCAGAUCCAUGCGCGUAAAAUGACCGUCGAUCCAGAUGUUAACUUUGACGAAAUCUCGCGAUGCUGCGAUGACUUUAACGGCGCUCAGUGCAAAGCUAUCUGCGUCGAAGCAGGAAUGAUCGCUCUAAGACGAGGGGCCGCGGAAAUCCACCACGAAGACUUUAUGGAAGCCGUUCAAGAAGUUCAGGCGAAGAAGAAGGGCAAUCUCAUAUACUACGCAUAA